UUAGGUCAAAUCCGCCCUUAAUGCCAUAGUCCCAUGCACCUAAUACGUGACAAACUGAAUCACUUUUCUUCGUUUUCACUCUCCAAACCUCUUCUAACAAAGCCAAACCCACCUCCCAAAACACUCCAUUUUCGUCUCUCCACCUUCAAAAUUCAUCCAUGGCAAUUCAAUCUUCCACUUUACGGGUUCAAAAUCUGGCCAAAAAGGUCAAAAUUCUCAUUUUUCUUGCCCUUUUUGUAUCCCAAGUCAACGUUUUGUCUGCAAGAACGCUAGAGGAAUCCUCCACAGGUGGUGAUCAAGGCAUAAAGUGCGCGCCGGCGUGCACACAAAGCCCUCCUCCACCGUCGCCUCCGCCUCCAUGUCCACCGCCACCAGCGCUGCCGCCACCUCCUCCGCCCACGCCGAAGAUGCCUCCGACGCAGUACUGCCCACCGCCACCGUGCUCCCCAACGCCACCUUCGAUCAUUUACGUCACCGGUCCACCCGGGAACCUUUACCCCCUUGAAAAUUAUUUCAGCGGCGGCCCAAAAACCUCCACCGCCGCAAGUUUGCCUAUUUUGAUCGGCUCUGGGUUGCUUCUUCUCUUGGCCUUUUGGUGAGCCUCCAAGGAGCCAGGUUAUACAGAAGAUAACUUGGUAAUUAUAAUUUACUUCUUGUAUUUUAAUUUUUGAAUAAAUUUUCUUCUCUUUUAUCUUUGGAUUUUGGAAUCAGUUGUUCAAUCAAAUAACAAACUUUUACCACAAA